AUCAAAGUCAAGAGAAAUAGUUUCUCUCUAGCUGCUUGCUUUAUAAAAGCAAAAGAGUCUCUCUCGUACUGAAGAAGUCUUUACCUGCGAAGAAAAAAACAUAAAAGUAUAAAGAGAAGCAGAAGACGAUCUCGCUACUCUGUCUGUCUGUUUGCAAGUAAGUAAUGUCAGAAGCAGCAGCACAAAAGACGGCUUUCCUCGCGGGUCUUGUUGUCUCAUUCAAGGAACAAAUGCACACUGAUGUUCUGGUUCAUCCUGGUGAUCAGUCUCCCCCCAUCCCAACCCACAAGGCCAUCCUCUCGUCAAGAUCUAAGGUCUUCAGGAACAUGCUAGACUCCGAUGAAUGCAAGGCCUCUGCUGAGGAAUCGAUCACUCUCCCCGACUUGAACCACGACGAGCUCCAUUCUCUUCUCGAGUUCCUCUACUGCGGCAACUUAAUUGCUCCUUACAAUCGAUACCGAGCCCUCUAUCUGGCUGCUGACAAAUACGACAUCGCUUAUCUCCAAGACGUUUGCCGCGACCAUUUCAUUGCUUCUCUCACCUCCAGGAACGUCCUUGACAUCCUGGAGCUCGCCAGCAUCCCUUCUGACACCAUCUUGAAAGCCGCUGCGAUCAACCAUGUGGUUAAGCAUAUGGAAGAUGUGGUUGUUCCCAUGAAAUACGAGACUUUUGUGCAGAGGAACCCCAAUCUUGGCGUUGAGAUCACCAGAGCUUAUCUAAGAGAGAUCAAAGCUCUAACCAAAGACAGCAGAACAGCUUCUUGUAAUCGCCCUCACUCUCGCAUGUACUGAUGAACAAUAAACAGCAGCUUGCCUAAAAUCUCGCUUGCCAACGGUGAUGAUGAAUGAUGAUGCCUUCUUCUUGUUCUUAUUAAAUUUGGAAAUACUUUGUUUUAUGGAUUUAUUUCAAGGUGUUGGUUGAUA